AUGGACCCAAGGGACUCAGAUGCUAUGAAGUACGGCGAGUGCAUCACUGCGGCCUCGGGCGAGUGCAUCACUGCGGCCUCGGGCGAGUGCAUCACUGCGGCCUCGGGCGAGUGCAUCACUGCGGCCUCGGGCGAGUGCAUCACUGCGGCCUCGAGCGAGUGCAUCACUGCGGCCUCGGGCGAGUGCAUCACUGCGGCCUCGGGCGAGUGCAUCACUGCGGCCUCGAGCGAGUGCAUCACUACGGCCUCGGCGGCCUCGGGCGAGUGCAUCACUGCGGCCUCGAGCGAGUGCAUCACUGCGGCCUCGAGCGAGUGCAUCACUGCGGCCUCGGGCGAGUGCAUCACUGCGGCCUCGAGCGAGUGCAUCACUGCGGCCUCGGGCGAGUGCAUCACUGCGGCCUCGAGCGAGUGCAUCACUGCGGCCUCGGGCGAGUGCAUCACUGCCGCCUCGGGCGAGUGCAUCACUGCCGCCUCGGGCGAGUGCAUCACUGCCGCCUCGGGCGAGUGCAUCACUGCCGCCUCGGGCGAGUGCAUCACUGCCGCCUCGGGCGAGUGCAUCACUGCCGCCUCGGGCGAGUGCAUCACUGCCGCCUCGGGCGAGUGCAUCACUGCCGCCAAGGGCGAGUGCAUCACUGCGGCCUCGGGCGAGUGCAUCACUGCCGCCAAGGGCGAGUGCAUCACUGCGGCCUCGGGCGAGUGCAUCACUGCGGCCUCGGGCGAGUGCAUCACUGCGGCCUCGGGCGAGUGCAUCACUGCCGCCUCGGGCGAGUGCAUCACUGCCGCCUCGGGCGAGUGCAUCACUGCCGCCUCGGGCGAGUGCAUCACUGCCGCCUCGGGCGAGUGCAUCACUGCCGCCUCGGGCGAGUGCAUCACUGCCGCCAAGGGCGAGUGCGUCACUGCGGCCUCGGGCGAGUGCAUCACUGCCGCCAAGGGCGAGUGCAUCACUGCGGCCUCGGGCGAGUGCAUCACUGCCUCCUCGGGCGAGUGCAUCACUGCGGCCUCGGGCGAGUGCAUCACUGCCGCCAAGGGCGAGUGCAUCACUGCCGCCAAGGGCGAGUGCAUCACUGCGGCCUCGGGCGAGUGCAUCACUGCGGCCUCGGGCGAGUGCAUCACUGCCGCCUCGGGCGAGUGCAUCAUUGCCGCCUCGGGCGAGUGCAUCACUGCCGCCUCGGGCGAGUGCAUCACUGCCGCCUCGGGCGAGUGCAUCACUGCCGCCAAGGGCGAGUGCAUCACUGCGGCCUCGGGCGAGUGCAUCACUGCCUCCUCGGGCGAGUGCAUCACUGCGGCCUCGGGCGAGUGCACCACUGCAUCGAAAUCACUUGCCACAGCACAGGUCACUGUCCUUGACCUUUGGGAGCAAGCCAUCAACAUCUGGGCGAGUGCAUCACUGCCGCCUCGGCCUCGCGAGUGCAUCACUGCCGCCUCGGGCGAGUGCAUCACUGCCGCCUCGGGCGAGUGCAUCACUGCGGCCUCGGGCGAGUGCAUCACUGCGGCCUCGGGCGAGUGCAUCACUGCCGCCUCGGGCGAGUGCAUCACUGCCGCCUCGGGCGAGUGCAUCACUGCCGCCUCGGGCGAGUGCAUCACUGCGGCCUCGGGCGAGUGCAUCACUGCGGCCUCGGGCGAGUGCAUCACUGCCGCCAAGGGCGAGUGCAUCACUGCGGCCUCGGGCGAGUGCAUCACUGCGGCCUCGGGCGAGUGCAUCACUGCCGCCUCGGGCGAGUGCAUCAUUGCCGCCUCGGGCGAGUGCAUCACUGCCGCCUCGGGCGAGUGCAUCACUGCCGCCUCGGGCGAGUGCAUCACUGCCGCCUGCAUCACUGCCGCCUCGGGCGAGUGCAUCACUGCCGCCAAGGGCGAGUGCAUCACUGCGGCCUCGGGCGAGUGCAUCACUGCCUCCUCGGGCGAGUGCAUCACUGCGGCCUCGGGCGAGUGCACCACUGCAUCGAAAUCACUUGCCACAGCACAGGCCCUGCAAAGCAUAGGAGAGGCUGGGGUUCUUGGAUCUGUUGGAAAUUAUUUAAAGUUGCAGUAA